AUGGCGUAUGGCUUACCCUAUGGCAUGGCAUCACGGAACUUCGCACUGUGCGCCCUUAUUGUCACCUUCUGCCACGUCAGUCUCGGACAAACGCCGCCCAAGUCCGAGGUCCUGCCCGAAUUUCUGGCGCUCUUAGAAAAUCACACGGUCACUCAAGGUCGCGACGUCUCCUUCACCUGCGUCGUUAAUCAUCUCCAGUCUUACAAGGUCGCCUGGAUAAAGUCGGAUUCGCGUGCGAUUUUGGCCAUUCACACGCACAUGGUGGCGCACAACCCACGCUUGUCUGUCACUCACAACGGCCAUAACACAUGGAAGCUGCACGUGACUAACGUUCAGCCGAACGACUCCGGCACGUACAUGUGUCAAGUUAAUACGGAUCCCAUGAGGAGCCAGACCGGCCACAUGAAGGUCGUGAUACCACCCGAUAUCAUGGACUUGGAUAACACCGCGGAUAUGCUGACCGCGAAGGAAAACGGCGAUCUGAUGUUGCGAUGUCGAGCUACUGGCAACCCGGAACCGGUGGUGAUUUGGCGACGGGAAGAUGGCCGUAACAUCACGCUGAGGAACGAGAACAGCGUUAAGCGAACAGCACGUACAUUUGAGGGCGAGCAACUUCAUCUGCGCGGUAUUCAACGACAGGAGAUGGGAUCUUAUCUCUGUAUCGCGUCGAACGGAGUGCCGCCGUCGGUCAGCAAGAGAUAUUACGUCAACGUCCGUUUCAAACCGCUGAUUAAAGUCUCAAACCAGUUAGUAGCGGCACCCGUCGACAGCGACGUCCUUCUUCAGUGCUACGUGGAGUCUUCGCCGAAGGCUCUAAACACAUGGUACAGAAAUAAUGGAGUCAAACUACUUGAGAGCGAGAAACACGAUAUAUCAGAAAUAAUCAUCAACGACUAUGCAUAUCAGCUAAAUCUCACUGUCAAACGCCUUGACAAAUCUGAUUUCGGUACUUACACGUGCUCCGCUGAAAACGCUUUUGGAAAAGCGGAAGGAUCCAUAAGACUACAAGAGCUGCAGAUAUCCAAAUCAACGACAGCCUCCACACGAAAUACCGAGCUUAUCGAAAAACAUAUCUGGCGGAAGCAAACGGAGAAGAAGGGAAAGAAAUACUCGUACGUGCUUAACAAAACGGAGUCGGAUCUGACCCUGAAGAAUGUGGGUCACACCACGCCAAUGUCCAGGCGGAAUUUGUCUAGCUCAUCACCGAAUAUCGCGAACAAGUCGAGAAUCUCCGCGUUUCCGCCGCCAGCACCAGCUCCAGCGCAUUCGGCGCCCACACGAUUGGACGGCCAGAACGGCGUUAAAUCAUUACGUGAUUCGCGAUUAUGUUACGUCGGUUUCGUCGUGAUCGUCCUGAUGAUUUUAAUUCAUGAUUGAAACGAAGAGCAAGACAUUUCGUAACGAGAUCGUUCAUUUGCAACGAAAUCGGAUUAUUUGUCGUUAUUUCGAUUGAUGAAAGACACGUAGAGUGGAAUUACGUGUAAUUGAUAUUCAAGUAAUUUUUUUGCCAUGUUUUCGUUUAGGUGUUAGAAAAAUGUGAUGGAGAUAUCGAGAGAAUCGAUAUUUUGCUGUAAAUAAUAAGACAUUUUUAUGACAAUAAAUGUAGUUACGUCUAAAAAGUAAAUGAAAUCACGAAAAGGUAUCUGAGAAGUAGGUGCAGAUUACGCUGUUAAAAACGCACGCUUAUAACUGCCAUUAUACAAAAUUCUAGAUGAUACAGUAUUUGCUAAUAUUCAUUUUUUUAUCGAAUAUAAGGCGAUAAAUUGACGUGCAGCAUUCUUUUGUUUCGAAAAAAGGUCACCAUUUUAUACAUAUUUUCAAAUAGUAGACAUUAUUAAGCAUAAGACUUAUAAAAGUCGUUCCAAUUGAUUCGUGUAAUUACGCGCGGUUAAUAGAUAAGCGUAUACAUCGACAGAGUAAUUAAUGAGGGGUCCAUAUUAAGAACCGACUGAAUUCGGAAUUCGUUGGUCUUUCGAAAUUGACUGAAUUAAAUUUAUUCGUCUCUAGGAACGGUCGUAUUUAACGAGAAUUGUGACAUGUAUAUAUGUAUGACAAUAAAUGUUGUUUUUACUAUCAUCCGCGAGCGCGACUUUUCUCUUUCAGGAUGUCCCGAUGCUUUUCUGGCGAUAAAAAUAAAA